UCAUGGGUCUCUUCACGAAGAACACCGAGGAUGUUGACCCUCAACAACCACAAUCCGACAUCACACCCGAGAAGGAUCUGGAAAAGAACUUUGAAGAUGUGAAAUUAGAAGCACGACAAACUUCAGUCGACAAUGGCGGCUCAGCACCAUUCAUCGACCCCGUCAUUGAGAAGCGCGUUGUCCGGAAGAUAGACUGGCACCUGGUACCGCUGCUCAUGGGGCUCUACCUACUGGCUUUCCUCGAUCGCUCCAACAUUGGUAAUGCAAAACUCGCUGGCAUGGCCAAGGCCCUCGACCUCACUGCCGAUCGCUACUCGUGGCUUUUGACCAUUUUCUACAUUUCGUAUAUUUUGUUUCAGUUCCAGGUUCUUGGAUGGAAGAGGUUUCCACCUCACAUCUGGGCGAGUUGGGCUAUUUUUGGCUGGGGUGUCAUCUCGAGUUGUCAAGCCGCUGUCACUUCUUGGGAAGGAGAGAUGGUGCUCAGAUUUCUCCUAGGAGUCUUCGAGGCAGCAUACGGUCCUGGUGUCCCUUAUUUGCUCUCUUUCUUCUACUUGCGCCAUGAAGUUGGUUUCCGCAGCGGCAUCUUCCUUGCCGCUCUCGCCUACGGUAUCACUUCUGGACACGCAGCGAUCGCCAGCUGGAAGCUUCUCUUCCUUGUAGAAGGUCUUCCCACUCUGGCUAUGGUACCAGUCGCAUACUUCUUCCUCCCGGAUAGCCCGCAGUCAGCCAGAUUCUUGAAUGAGGAAGAGAAGCGUGUGGCAGUUGCAAGAGGUGUGCGCCAGACAGGAACAACUGAACGUGUCGGCCACAUAAAGUUCAAGGAUAUCGGUCUGACCUUUAUCGAUCCCAAGGCCAUCACCACAGCAUUGAUGUACUUUUCGUGCAAUGUGUCCUUCUCCUCGCUGCCGGUUUUCCUCCCUACGAUUCUGGAAGAGAUGGGCUUUGAAUCCAUCACAGCCCAAGGUCUCUCUGCACCUCCGUACUUCUUGAGUUUUCUCGUCACCAUUGGCUCUGCAUGGAUUGCCGACAGGACACAGCAGCGUGGACUAACUAUCAUCAUUCUUUCAAUCAUCGGAGGUGUCGGAUACAUCAUGCUGGCAACCACGUCAAGCACUGGACCUCGCUACGCCGGUGUCUUCCUCGCCGCAUCUGGAGUCUUNCCCUGUAUCGCCAAUAUCCUUCCAUGGGUUACGAACAACCAGGGCAACGACGAUCGCCGUGGUGCAGCAUUUGUUCUGCUUAACCUUAUCGGUCAAUGCGGUCCCUUACUCGGCACUCGUGUCUAUAAAUUUCCUCCUUUCUAUGUCAAGGGUCAAAGCAUCUGUGCAGCUUUCAUGUUCUUCAAUGGCUUGUUAGCGUUAUUCUUACGUACGCUUCUGGCUUACGAGAACCGCAAGUUGGACAAGCAGUAUGGUACCAUUGAAGAGCAGAAGAACAGGAUUGCGGCGACCGAGGGAACGAAAGAGGCUGUUGUUGAAGCCAAUACGGGCGUCGAGAACUUUGGUCCCAUGUAUCGUUAUGUUUUG